AUGCCACCCCCCUCACGCCGGUCAAAGUGCCACCGCUGCACUAAAUGCAACCAAUGCUUCACUAGCGUUAGAGAUGCUCGCAUUCACAUCAACGGUAUACAGUGUCUCAUUUGUUCCGCGGAAGGCCCUGAUCCAAGUGGCAUGAGACGCCAUUGCCAGCAUGCCCAUAACAUCCUCAAGCCGAGAUCCAAGGUACACUAUGAGAGGUUCAACGAGAGCAUCGAAUGGAAGGAACACCACGAAAAGCUUCAAGCCGGCGACCUUGCAGCUAACGCGUCUGUUCCUGCCCCGGCACACGAAAAUACACCCCAAUUUCCGUCGACAUCCACGAACGCUUGGUUUACCGAUGCUGCUCCUCACUGGAUCCCAAACGAUGAGGCCGUGACGACCGGUUCGAGCGUUAGCCCUGACCAUGGUAGCCCCAUAUCAAUGUCUGGACAAACCAAUCCGGCAGGAUGGAGUUGGUUACUCCAAGCUUCUUCUACCCAGUCUUCUUCAGAUUCUAUCGAUGCAUAUCCUUCCGAUGACUGGUCCCUGGAGUUGGACGACUCAUGGUGGAAUAUGUGGCGAUGA